AUGACCAAUCAUCUUGAUGAUGAAAGUAUCAAUGAGUUACCCAUAUCAUUAGGGGGAACAAAUCCUUACAACAGAGCUAGGCGUAGGUCAAGUUCUUUCCGUCCAACCUUUUUCUACCCAGCCACGACCAAUAAUGGGUAUGGCAUCGAUAGGGUGAAUAAACAGGCAAUUACAAAGUCAAAUACGAAUAAUUCACAGGUUAAGGAUUUUGAAUCUGUAAUUGAAGAUCUGAUAAUUUCACUAGAAUCACUCCCUGUAGCUAUUCUCACGCAAAUAUGCUCAAAUCUUCGCACCAAUGAUUUACUUUCAGUAUGUCGAAGUUCAUUAUAUUUGUAUUUACCUGCAACGAUUCAACUCUAUAAUAAAAUCAUUGUUAGUUCAAACCCAAGAGCAAUCCAGCUUGCUAGAACACAAUUUCUGCACUCUUAUUUGAAUUUUGGAACUCUCAUCUUAUCAGAUUCAUUACCAAAACUAUGUCGAGUUCUUAUGGAAAACCCAAAACUUGCAGCUUAUGUUAAAACACUUAUAUUAAUUGGUAAUAUCAAUUGGGAUACUCAUUAUAUGGGUACACAUGCAUGGAGUUUUGAUCCAUCUUACAGCUCUGUAUCAGCUCCACUUAGAGCCUUUUUGGCACCUGUAUUACAACUUCCACGAGUUCAAUUGAAUGAAUUAUAUUUUCCAUCUUGGUCAUUGUCACAACCAAAUGUACAUGAUUUUAGCAGAAUUCAAUGGCUUACUGUAUCUUUAACUGGAAUUAAGGAACUUCAUGAGAAGGUUAUUCUUCCAAGGCUAACAGGAUUGAAAAUAUUGUAUGAGAAUAAUUCUCUGCAACAAAUAAUAUUGGAAAAUUUUGCAGCCAUUAUUUUUCCGUCCUUAACACAUUUAUCCACCCUUCAAUUCGAACGAGAAGAGCCAGACUCUUCUCAAUUUCUUUUACAAACUUCUGUGGGAAAUAAAACCACCCCUGCAAUUUGGAUCUCAUUCCUUCAAGUUUUACGUAAAUUGAUUACUCAAAAAUUAAAAAUCUCACGAUUAUCACUUGAUGGAUUUCUUGGUAAUACGGGUAAUGUUGUUGCUUCAAUAUUAGGAGAAGUAACAGAUUUGCACUUAUUAAACUCGCUUCAACUCCAUACUAGAGAACUCACUCAUCAAUUUGAGCCACAUUCCGUUCAUGUAUCAUCUCGAACGUCAUUUCUUCGAAAUCUUACAAUGAAAACAACUUCUUUAAUGCAACUUUCAAUCACUCCGACACAUGAUUGUCUUUUCUGUCAAAAUGAAAGUAUCAAAAUUACCUUAAGUGAGAUAUUACCAAAUCAACUUGUUACUCUUCUGAUUGUUUUAGAUUCUCCUAACCUAUUAUACACUCAAAAUAUUAACCAUGCCAUUAAUACUCAUCAAAGAAAACUUAUAAACCUCAAGUAUCACGAUAAACUGCAAGAAGUGUCAAUAAGAAAGGCUCUUGGGAAGUUUUUACCUUCCGCUCAAGUUGAUCUUUAUGAUAGAGCAUCUCUUUCAGAUUCGAUACUUCAAACUACAAUAUAUCGUAACUUUUUCUUGUACGAUAUUGAAAGUAUAUCAACUAGAAAACAUGCUGCACUGAGGAGAAACAGUGUUGUGUUAAAUGAUUACAUGGUUAAAUUUAUUAUGGAAAAUCACAAUCAACUUGCCGAAUUUCUUUGGUAUGAUGGCCCAGAAGAUAUUGUAAUUAAGGAAUUUGAUUUCGUUCGUCAUUUACCAAAACUUCAAUAUUUGUGCAUGUUUGGUAUCAAUUUGUAUAUAAAGAAUUCUGAUCCUCGCAGAGUACAAUUUAUUACUAAUGAUGGAUAUGAAUACAUUGAUGCAUACGAGCAAGCAGUUCAAUAG